AUGGCCCCAUUUGUGCCCUACCACUAUUCGGCCGGCCAAUCUACUAUUGUUAAGUAUGUAAUUGGCUCCCUUUGGCUUCCUGAUGGAACAAAAUGUCCUUCGGUUGCUAACAUAGACCUAUCAUCCAGAUUUGGCGGUCUUCUCACGACCGAAUUCCUCGGACCUCCACCAGGCCGUUGUUUUCUCUUCCGUCAGACAUACCGUCACACAAUUGAAGGCUCGAUCCCAGAAAACCUGCGGAAGCUCAUCAACAGCCCGGAUCGACCAAAGGGUCCACCCCCGCAUUUUCACCAAUUUCAAACUGAGUACUUCCGCGUCGAGGAUGGAGUGCUCGGCAUUUCAGUGGACGGGGUCGUUCGCCGUAUCACCCCAGAAGAUGGCGAGAUCUCGGUCAAGGCGGGAAGUGUGCAUAAUUUCUUCAUUCAUCCAGAUUCUCCCGAGAGCAUGACGAUCUACCUGAGUGCGUCAGACUCGGGGAACGACUACCAGCUCGAUCGGGUCUUCUUUGAAAACUGGUACGGCUAUUGGCACGAUGCGUUGUUGCACGAUGGAGGGAUCGAUUGGAUCCAGUUCCUCGCGAUUCAAGACGGCGGGGAUGUCUAUACACCUGCUCCCGCGUGGGUGCCCUUCCGCCGGCAGGUCGGAUACUGGACCUGUGUGAUUGUCGGCCGGUGGAUUGGUGGACUCCUCGGGUAUAAGCCCUUCUUCCGGGAAUAUACUACCGAUUGGGAUUUCGCCGUCGCCAAGAUGAAGGGUUCUUUCUUCCAGCAGCAUCUGGUACAUUCCGCAUUUGAGGAGGAGAGACCCUGGGCAAAGCAGGCAGAGUUGGAACCAAAGGCUAAACCCGAAAAUGCCGAGUUUGAGCCGUGGACGCAGGAUAUGUCCCCAACGCCAUUGGGCCUGGGCGCAGUUGCGUAUGACCAGGGGCUGUUCAACGGCUUACAGCCUGCGCCGGUGGACGCAUCCAACGGUCACUCCACAGGCGUCGAAAGCAAAUUGGAGCAGUCGGGUUCUUGGAAGCAGCGACGGGCAGUUGUUGGCGAUGCGGGCGAGUAG